AUGCCUUUUCAAUACAAGAAAGUCCUUGUCAUCGGAGCCACCAGUGGAAUCGGCAAGGCGCUAGCAUCACGUUUCGUCCAAGAGGGAAGCAUUGUCAUUGUUGUUGGUAGGAGAAAAGAGAACCUGGAGGCAUUUGUCCACGAGCAUGGCAAAGACAAAGCGAGCGCUGUCCCAUUCGAUAUCACAGAGCUGGACAAGAUCCCCAAUUUCGUCACGAAUAUCACUAAGACCCACACUGAUCUCGACUGCGUCCUAUUGAACUCUGGCAUUCAGAGAACGUUUGACUUUUCAAAGCCCGAGACCGUCGAUAUAAACGUUGUCCAGACAGAGUUCACCACUAAUUACCUCAGCAAUCUUGCUUUGACCAAUGCUUUUCUACCGUUUCUGAAGAGCAAGAAGGGGGAGUCGGCGCUGAUUUAUACGACCUCUUCGCUUGGCUUAGUCCCAAUCAUACGAUGUGCGAACUACUGCGCCAGCAAAGCGGCCUUGCAUCAUUACAUCUUGUGCUUGCGUGAGCAGUUGAGAGGAUCUACCGUCAAGAUCGUAGAGCUCUACCCGCCAGCUGUGCAAACCGAGCUUCACGACGAAAAGCACCAGCCGCAAAUCAAGAACGGAAGGCAGUAUGGCAUGCCGCUUGAUCAGUUUACCGAUGAGGCGUACGAAGGCUUGGCAGCUGGAAAAGAGGAAGUCACAGUCGGAAGCGCGCAAGACUGGUACAACAAGUUUGAGUCUGCGAGGCAAGAACUUUUUCAUGGUAUCGUCAAGAUGAGGAAGCAGAUGGAUGACAAGUAG